AAUGUUGCUUUCAAUUUUUUAGCAUCACCUCAACAAUCAACACCACAAGCAUCAUCUACUACAACAGGAGUUACGUAUGGAUCUAGUGUACCAUCAAGAGGGGGUGUUCCUACACCUCCAUCUUCUCAUCUGUCUGCUAUGAAUCAACCAAAUCCACCAAAUGUUACUAUUACCACAAAAACCACACAAUCUCAGCAGUUAACAACACAGCAUGUUGAUAACAUUAACAGACCAACAAGGGGCCAAUCUCCUGUCCCUCUUGGAUCUCGUAUUUGGAAUCAAGCAACAAAUCCCUCAUCUCCUGUAUCAACUCCACCAACUACCAGUGUAUUAGCAAAUCAGCUGUCUGUUGCACCUGGUAUUGCCAAUGUUGGCCAUCCAUCUCAACAGAAUGUUCAACUUUCAACUCUUGUAUCACAAUCUCAGUCUGGAUUUGUCACAUCUCAACCAGCAAUGAUGUCAACUCAAAGUGGAAACGUUCGUACAGGACUUCCAUCGGUGACAUUGAGAAUGGCAAAUCCCUCUCCUGUAACAACAAUGGCUGGUGUUGGAAACACAAACAAUCUUACAGUACAAAUUGGACAAAUUCCCUCAUUUACUCAACAACAAAAUCAACAACAACAAACAACUAUUGCAACAAGUAUACCACAGCAAACUUUAUCUGUCAGUAUGCCAUCAAAAGUAGUAAAUGUAGCAGGAUCACUUGUUACGUCUCAAGCAAUUGUACCUAUUGCAGCAAGUGUUUCAUCUACUGUACAAGCUUCCCAUACUGUUCCAGGAGCUUUACACUCAGCAAUUGCAGGUCAAGCAGGACGUCCUCAAACCCAAUCUGGAAUGAUGGUUGCAAUGUCUAAGGAAAGGAUGCAAAUUUGGCAAGGAUUUAUAGAAUUUCAAGAGAAGGGACUUUCUAGCGGAGGAAGUGCUAGUCGUGUAUGUCACAACCUCCGCGGUACCAUAUCUUGCAAUGUUGUAAAUGGAGAGCCUGAAGUAAAUGCAGACAAAUGGCCAAAUAAGGUUGCAAUGCAACUUCUACCCAGGCAUCUCAUCAGCACACCUAAUGUAACAGCCAUUUUAAAAAAUGCAGCAAGACAUAUUUAUGUGCAUUUCCCACAAGAUACAGAAGCGGUGCAAAAAUUAACUAAAUUUAUGAGUUCAAAUUGGAUUGGUUGUAUACAGUUUACUCCACCAAAUGAAUUACGUAUCAUGUUGAUUCUGUAUAUGACUGAUAAGCAGAUUUACAUUGGGGCCAUUCCAAAUGACCAAGAUGGCUUUUUAGCAGUUAUUCGUCAAAUUUUUGAAUCAUACAGAAAACAACAAGCUGCAAAACAACAAAAAAUGUUGACCCAACUGUCAGGUGGUGGUACAAUACCAGGUUCUUCUACAAUAGGAUUAUCAACAACAAAUGCUUCUCCUCAGACUUUAAUAAUGAAUCAAGCAAACCCUGCUAAUAUUGUAACAAGUACACAGCUGGGUGCAAGGCCAAUGAUGCAAGGUCCUGCCCAAAGAGCCGUUGUGCAAACAAAUCAACAGCAACAACAACAACAAAAUCAAGGCCAAGCUACUGUUGUGGCCCCUCUUAAUCAACAGACUUCUCUUUCUCAACAACAAAGAUUAUCACAACUUGAAGCUGAAAGACAGCAGAAUUUGCUAAAAAUUCAACAACUUCAACAAACACUUGAAGCUGCUCAGCAGAAAGAAUUGCAAUAUAAAGCAGCUCAAGAACAACAGCAGCAACAACAGCAACAACAACAACAAGCUUUAAUUGAACGACAUAAUUUACAACAGGUCUUUAUUUUUAAAAUUUUAAAUCAUUACAUUAUAAAUUUAAACUGAAAUUUCUAUUUAUUU